UGUAUUGCUUGUUUUUUUCAGGUAUAACCAAUGGAGCAUUUGGUGCUUUGGAUGGUAGUUCUCUAUGUACUAUUGCAUUCUGGCCUGUUUGAAAAUCAAGAUCGUAAUCUGUUUCAACCUAGAAACCUUGAGAUUUCCAUGAACAUUCGUCUUCAGCAGCUAUCAGUGAAAUGGGAUGUUGGCGAUGAUUCUGAAGCAUACUACUCUGAAACAGAUCUUGUUUUUAAUAUCCAAGUCAAUCAAACCGAAGAGAAGAUUAUUGACUUCCCAACUUUUCGUGAAAUUCCCAGACCCUGGCCUUUCCAGGAGAAUUAUACGACCACUGUCAGUAAAUCAAAUAGACAUCUGCAAUGGAACUGGACCUCUGAAAUACCCUUGGAGUGUGCAGCUCAUGCAGUAAGGAUCAGGAGCAUGGUGAGGUUUUCUGAAGUUUGGAGCAACUGGAGCCCAUGGAAGAUAGCAGAUGGGCUGGAUGUCGUAAACAUUCGCUGGUAUUUCUUAUGGCCAGAGGGUAAUAAGUUCAUUGAAAUGGGUUCUGACGUCAAGUAUUGCUGCAUUGGGGCGGAAAAUAAGAGUGUACCGAAAUUUUAUUUUGGUGAUAAGCAGAUGAACGUUGGACUGCAACGAAGAGUAUUAGUUACUUUGAAAAAUGUUCCCCUUUCCAAAAGACUUGGCUACACUAUCCAGUGUGAUUCCGAAAGUGCAUCUCUCUUUGUGACCAACCAGCCUGAUAAACCCAAAGACUUAGCCUGCAAAACAGAAGACAUGAUUAACUUAGAGUGUACCUGGCACCCUGGUGCUAAAUAUACGGAUGCUGAGUUGCUAUGUCCAGCAAGCUUCACCUUGUCUGACGGUUCUUCCAAUGAAACGUAUUGCAGCUUGACCUCUUCCCCAUCCUGUUCAUUCAAGAUUGGCAAGCAAACCAUAUACAAUUUAAUACUGACAUCCAGAAAUUGCAUUGGAGAGAAACUUACCAAUCUUACUGUUGAUGUAGCCCACAGAGUUCAUCCUGCAGCCCCCUACAAACUCCUUGCAGGUUAUACAAACGCUACUGCCAUCCAGUUACAAUGGCAGAUAAAUGAAAUAAGCGAAGCCCUGCCGCUGUUAUGUGAAAUUCAUGGUGCUUCUCGUGAUGGGGAACAGAAAAUCGUUACAGUGCAGUACAGUAAAGAUUCACACCCCCAAAUUAUCCUGGAUGGGUUGCAGCCAUCUACAAACUACACGUUAAAAGUACGCUGUGGUGCGGCUAGACAUUUUUGGAAAUGGAGCAAAUGGAGCGAAAGUAAAACUAUCCCAACAAAUGAAACUGCUCCAUCAGGGCAACUGGAUAUUUGGAGAGACAUUUACUUGUGUUUGGAGAACUGUAGCAUAACAAUAUUUUGGAAGGCAUCACCAGACUUCCAUGCUCACGGAAAAAUUGUAAAGUAUGAGAUAUUGUGGGAAAAGUUAGAGGAACCUACUGAAACACAUCGCAGUGACAUAAGCCCCACAUUGAAUAAUUGCACCAUUUCCCUUGGUAACUCAUCUUACAAAAUCAGCGUCUUGGCAAGGAACUCUGUGAACGCAUCUCAUCCUGCUGUGAUUGUCAUCUCGGCAGCUGAAGAUGAUGGAAACAUGAAUUGCAGCAUGGAAGACACACAGAAUAACACAGAACAUGGCAUUUAUAUUGCUUGGCAGUCUCAAAGCAGGUUUGAUGGCUACGUUGUGGACUGGUGCAACAACCCAAAGUCCCAUCUUUGUGACUUUCAGUGGAAGAAGUUCGACCCCAAUGACUCCAGUGCUCUUAUUACACAUGAUGCUUUCGAAUCUCAUGUGAGAUACACUUUCCGGGUGUAUGGGACUAUAGAUGAUAGAGCCCAUUUACUGGAAAAGAAGACUAAAUAUCUUAAUGAAUCAGACCCAGCGCAUGAGCCUGAUAAUCUGAAAACACACACAGUGACUUCCCAUUCAUUUACCCUAACUUGGGAAUUUGAUCAUCUCAAUGAAACCCACCCAGGUUUUAUCAGAGGUUACUAUGUUUACGUGAAAAAGGAACAUGGAAACUGCACAUUACUUCCAGACCAUCCAGCGCAUUGCAUCUAUACCAUUGAAGAUCCAAAUCUUAAGACUUUUACAGUGAGGAACUUGGAGCCCAGCACACAUUAUGAGGUUGGAGUUAAAGCUUACAGUGUCGGCUCACAAGCUCUCCCUAAGAACUUCAGACAAGUAUUGACACUCUCUGAUGAUGGAAAUAGGUGGCUGCAGAAUCUUCUGCCACUUGUGAUUGUACCAUCAGUGCUCCUACUUGCUGUGUGCGUCUGGAAAAGUGAAUGUGUGAAGAAUUCAUUGAAAAUCCCCCAUCCUGAUGCAGCUCUUUUAAAGAUUCCACAGGUGAAGUCCGGACCCAUGGAAAUAAGCGAGACCCCUCCCAGCAAAUUACAGCUGAUAGGAACGUGUCCAGGUCCUGUCAGCAAGCAGCCUCCACUUCCAAUUUUUGUGGAAAAUUGGAGCUACUUUAAACUACAAGGUUGCGAGACUCUACUGUCACAAAAGGCAGCAAGCAAGAAACCCAACUUACCUUUGACAUCUUACCAGCCGCUCGAGCGCUUUGGUUUUGGAAGCACCGCUAUCAGCCACCCGCCAGGAACGAGUCAAGGCGAUUUAGACUCUCUCUCUCAAACAGAAGUGCCUCUCAGUGUGGAUUCUAUUGAACCCAGCCAGCCACUGGUUUACAAACCCCAGCUGCCCCAAGAGUCCAAAGCAAGCACACCUGGAUCAGAUGAUGAAAUGGUGUGUUUAACUGCUAUACACUGUUGAGCUCUGUACAGGAGCUGCUUCUAGAUCAAUAUCCUAGCCACUGAAGCCAAACAGGUGGAUGCAGUUUAGUCCUGCUGGCCACAUGACCAGGAAAGCUGCCUGUGGACAAACGCCGGCUCCCUUGGCCUGAAAGGGAGAGGAGCACCGCAACCCCAUAGUCGCAUUUGACUGGACUUAACCGUCCGGGGGUCCUUUAUCUUUUUUACCUAAUGUGGAAACAAACAGAGGUGGUGAUCCUUACAAACACUUCUCCUCAUAGUGCAAAUGGGGACAGUGCAUCUCGGUGGAAGAAUUUGCAAAGUGCUCUUUCUUCUGCUUUCGGCUUGGUUCACACAUUUAGGCCACGAACUUACGGUACGGCAGAGAGAGAUUUGGUGGCGGUUACUCUGCUGCACCCAGGCCCCUGCUGGCUCCUUUUGGUCAGUGUGGAAAGAAGCAACUUUUUCUUCAUUUUCUCUUCCAUUUCACCCUUAAUUCCUACUGAGCACAAAGGCAGGGAAAUUAAGCAUGGUAUGGCUUAAUUUUCAAUCUGGUAUGGUUUUGAGGCUGAUCCAGUUAGGGGAAUGGAGAAGUUUUGGAUCCUAUGGAUCCCAGGGCACUCUGUGUCAAGUCAUCGCAUGGAGCUGGCUUGAGAUUGUGGCUUUUCCUAAAGCUGCUGUCAAGGACUGGCUGAAGGCAGAGGAAUGGUGGCAGGAACCAUCUGAGGAGCCACUAAGGGAAGGCGGAUCGUAUGCUCGUCCCCUCCUCCCUCCCAGUCCCUUUUCCUUUUGUGUUGUGUCUUUUACACAGAGAGAAGAGAAUCCCUUUGCACUGAUAUUUGUAUGCCAGUUUGGGAGUCUUCUGGGGGGUGGAAGAGCAGGGUAAAAAUAAAAUAAUAUUUUUAAAAGGUGUACCAUUCUUAGGUCAAGAUUUGCCUAAUGAACGCCAUCAGCAGAAGGCAAAGCCUUCCACAUGCGCAACACGGCUUUCCCGUGUGCUCCCCCUGUAUUGGCUUGGGGGGGGGGUUGUGAGACCCCCUAGAACACGCAAUGGAGGAUGGAAGGGGGAAUUGUUCCAUCUGGUAAACUGACAUGCUUGCACAGACAGAACUUUCAACAUAGCGCAAGCUUGAAUUCCACAAAAAGCAUGCACGUUUCUAAGGAAUUCAGCUGGAAAUGCUUGCAACUUUUCAACAAGGCUGGUCCAGUCAUACUGUAUGUUUCCCAAUUAAAUUCAGUCCAGAACCAA